CAGCGCAGGAGGGAGAGAGGAAGAAAGCCUCCGCUCUCUUAUUGGAUGCAUGGUAUAGCACGUUUAUGCAGGGGCACCUUUGAAGUCUGUGAGAAUAGUUUGCAGCCUGGUCAUUUCUGCACAGACACCAUGAAGCGCACACUCAAUUUAGAGGCUGUUGCUGCAGUUUUUCUUCCGAAAGUCUUUCGGAAAGUCUUCCGAAAGCGAAAAAGAGAGCACUAGCAGUGGAGAUUUUUCUGACAGCGAAGAAGGGGAGGAAUUUUUGCCAGGCACUGAGGAGCCUUGCAGCUUGUCUGAGGAGGAAGAGACAAGACUGGAGCAUGACACUCGGUGGAGAUCGAAAAAUGGGGAAAUCAUGUGGUGUCCCACUUGUGAGCCACAAAUCCAGGACUGUGGCAAGAAAAAGCCCCAGAUCAUCCUGGACUAUAACAAGUGCAAAGGGGCUGUGGAUCAUCUGGACCAGGUUUGUGGCACCUACUCCACACGUAGCUGGCCCAUGUGCCUGCUGUAUCACAUGAUUGACAUAAGUUGCUACAAUGCUUUUGUCCUGUUCACUACUGUGAAGCCUGACUGGAACAGAGCAAAGCACUACAGGCGGCGUCUGUUCAUAGAGCAGGUUGGCAGAGCCCUCACCACCCCGACCAUGGUGGAGAGAAGUCACCUGCCUAGAACACCGUUUGCAGCCAGCCUGGUCUUACAAGCCCAGGGCCAAGUGCAGGAGGAGGAGGAGCCUUCCAAAAAGCGGAAACAGUGCGCAUCAUGCAAACAGUGCAAAAGGAUCCUAACCAGCUGCUGCAAAUGUGAUGCCCCUGUCUGCAAAAUCCAUCUGAAAACGCUUUAUGGUUCAUGUUAUAAAAUGUACAGCUCAGGUGGCGUUCUCGGCCUCGCUUGUAAACACCAGCUUGGAGUGGAGAUUUCAGGGGCCGCAUGACACCAACGCCAGGCUCGUGUUUGAGAAGGUGACAACAAACAACGGCAAUGGCUACAACGCCAACACAGGCAUCUUCUCUGCCCCCAUCAAAGGACUGUACUACAUCCGCUUCACCGGGAUGACUGGAAACUCCAAGUCCAUGCAUGCAGCACUGAUGAAGAACGGCGAGAACAUGUUUGUGGUCCAGAACACGGUGGGACCACACAGCAGCACCUCCAAUGGCAUGACACUGGUCCUGGAACAGGAUGACCGCCUCUGGAUCACCCUCUUGAAAAACAGCAGCAUCUUUGACCAAGGUCGGCUCAGCACCUUCACUGGCUUCCUCAUCUUCCCCAUGAGCAGAGCCUGAGACACCUGCCCUGGAGAAGGGGACAGUGGCAAUUGCUGAAGCUUGGUAGAGUCAAGAAAGAGAAAGUUUGACAGCAUUAAAAUCACCCACAACAUGUGCACUAAAUAGUACUGUUAUCUAGAAUUAAUGAGAAAUAAGAACCAGCCUACCAAGAUAGUCCUCCUCAUUUUCAGAAGUUUUAUAGAGAGUAUAAACAUUAAGGACAGUAUUGUUAUUCUGUAUAUAUUGUAUACCAGUACACCAGUCUACAUCCAGCCUAACUGGCUUUAUCGCAGCCGAAAAAGCUGAACCUGCUGCAUAUAUUGACAACUUUCUGCCAGGUGACACUCUGUUGAGUUUCUCUUUAAGAUACAGAGAAAGCGUUUCGUGGCGAACACACUAAGCCUCAGUUACUUUGACACAAAGGCAUCUGCUGUGAUGCUUCCACCUCUGAUUAUGUCUCACAAGUAUCAGCUAUGUUUGUAUACAUAGAUAUAAAAUUAUGGAUAUGUACUGAUAAAUGAUGACAAUAAUAAUAUUUCUGACUGAGUGCAGAUUGAAUCGAAUAAGUGAGGCCACCCGGCUGUAGUAAGAACUAAAAACUAUUUAAUAAAAUUAUUGGAAGCACAUCAUCUCACAUCGAGUGUUUGAGGAGCACGUGUGUGUUUUUCAAUGUCUCUUUAAGCAGGUCAAGUUUUUCCUUUCUAAUAAUUUUAUUAAAUAUUUUUUAAUUCUUUCCAGCAUCUGGCUUCAAAGUGCAGCAGCUGGUCUCCUCAGUGCAGAGACUGAAGGGCUAAAUUAGAGGGAAACAGUGCUGAAAGACAAACCCUUAGUUACAAAUUAGUUUACAAAUGCUGUCUCUGUUUAUUUCCUGUCAACAGGUUUUAAAUUAUUUCUAAUCAAUUGCAUUAAUCAAUCUGUGAUUAGCCGUCCAUGCUGAGCUCUGACGGCUGUGGAAACUGAAGUCACACGAUGGCAUUCUCAUAAAUGCAGAUUUAUUUAUCUCAGUCCUGCAAACAGGAAGCAGUAAACAGGAUUUUCAGGUCAUUAACUGAGGCAUGGAAAUGUGCGGCCUCUCCUACUUCCUGUCAAACAGCAAGUCUGUCUCCACAUCAGAUUCCAGGAGCUCGGGAAUCUGACGGGAUCUCUCUGCUUUGAAUCCUCGGCUUUGUGACGACAAUCACAAACCUUCAGAUUCUGUUUGCUGUCUUGACCCAAACAAAGAUGGCUGCCACACAGAGGUUUCUCGGUUUUGAUGGGGCAAAUGAUCAGAUUUCACAAACAAACAGACAAUCAUUUAUGAAGCUGGUCUUUAGACCCAUCAGGGAUGAUAUAUAAAAAAUCCAAAACCAAAAAAGUUUCACUUUCAUGAAUGUAAAAAAACAACAAAAUACAACGAUUUGUACAAAUAUACACAUUUUAUUCACAGUGUGUCUGUGUGUGUAUGUGUGAUAGUGUGUGUGUGUGUGUGUGUGUGUGUGUGUGUGUGUGUGUGUGUGUGUGUGUGUGUGUGUGUGUGUGAGACAGUGUGAGCUCAUGUUUUUCAUUUACUCACUUUAAAUAUUUGAUGUUUUUAUUAAUAAGUAAAAAUAAAAUAUGAGAUUCUGUUUUUGUUUACAUUUUAAAAGCAUCCCAACUUUUCUGGAACUCAUUUUAAUUUUGUAGUUUUCAUUAUUCAUAAACGAUAAAGGAUUUUUUUUCCUGUUAAUGUAAGAAAAAAUUCUCGUGUUUGUUAAAUACAUCAGCUGCUGCUCUGCAGCUGUGAAUAAUCCAUCUGGAACUCCAGAUGGAUUAUUCAGGGAAGGGAACAGGGAGGAUUAGGGAACAACUAAAAACUCAGAGGGAUUUAAGGUUUAACCUGGGUUUACAGCGUGGAUUAAAUGUUCUCAUUAAAGCUCUCUGGUGACGAGUCUUCGUGUGGAGUAGAAACCUGAGCUCACCUGUGUGAGACGAGCUUGUCUUUGAGUUUUUAAAUGUUUGAUAUUUGCUCAGCGUACCUCAUCAUUCUCAUUUAUAAUAACACAUUUAUCCAACACAGCUUCAGCUUGAACCCUCUGUAGUCU